AUGCAAUACUCCACUGUUUUCGCUUCUGCUUUAUUAGUCGGUUCUACCGUCGCUGCUUACACUAACGGUACCACCGUCACCACUGACGUCACUGUUACUGACUACACCACCUACUGUCCAUACUCCACUGUCGUCACCGUCACCAAGUGUGAAGAAGACAAGUGCCACCCAACCGCUAUCACCGUCACUGAAGCUACCACUUUAACUGUCACCGGUGAAUGUGUUGUCCCAACCACCUACACCACUGAAGUCCAAACCAAGACCGAAACCGUCUGUGACACCUGUGAACACCCAACUUCUGCUGCUCCAACCUCUGUUGCUCCAACCUCUGAAGCUGGUGAAUCCACUGCUCCAACCACCGUUGCUGGUCAAUCUACUUCCCCAGCUUCUUCUGCUGCCGGUGUCACCUCUUUCGAAGGUGCCGGUGCUAGAAACGUUGCUGGUGCCUUCGCUGGUGUUGCUGCCGUUGCUGCUGCUUUAUUAUAA